AUGGGGGACACAGUGUACAACAUGCGGGACACAGUGCAUAGUUGUGCUCUGGUGCAGCUGGUUGAUCAGCAUCAUCUGGCUUCGAAGCUCUCGGAAGAUAGCUGGCAGGGUUGGGAGGCUCGGGACCUGCUACACAUCGGGGGCGAGCUGGAGCUGGAGCUUGCCGACACGCGGCUCACCUUCGAGGGCGUCAAGAAAGAGUUUGACGCGGCGCAAAAGAGGUCCAAAAGCGCCACGCAGGUCCUGCAAGAGAGCCAGGAGGAGAUACAUGCUUUCCAACUGCAGAAACUGGCGCGCCUGAACGAGCUGGAGGUGGCCGUGUCGCUGCACCUGAGCCAGCUGCAGCUGCUGGAGGAGAGUCGGCUGCCUGCCGACACGUCCGCCGGCCUCGUCUUCCGGGAAGCCGAGUUGGAGCGGCUGGCCGUCCGCAUCGACGAGCUCUACACGGAGACGGCCGAGGAGAAGGCGCGACGCAGGGCCAGCUAUAAGGAGGAACGACGGCUGAAACAAGACUGCCGUCUGAUGGAGCAAUACAUCGUCAAGCUGCAAAAAUCGAGUCUGGCGGAGAUGAAGAAGAAGUUCGGACGCCGGGUGGACCUGGAGGAGCUGGAGUCGCUCAGCGUCAACGAGACGGUGGAAGAGCUGACGAUUCGACUGGAGAGCGAGCAGUGCGGCGUGGACGCCGAGCGCGCCGAGCGCAAGGAGCGGAUCACUGAGAUACGGAAGGAGCUGAUCGCGGUGAUCGUAGAGAACACAAACAAGGUGGGCGUCAUUCAGAUGCUCAAGGAUGAGAAGCGCCACCUGGACAAGGGACUCAACUUCGUUCGUAAGGCGGGCGUGGCGCCACACGACAAGCGGCUGGACGACGCCGUGGAGAUCGAUCACCUCAUGAACACCAUCAGCCUGCAGAAGACCCAGAUCAUGGAGCUGAAGCACGAGAUCUGGGCACUGAGCCUCAAGAGCCGGCCGUACCGCGACCCGUGCCGGCGGCCCGUCUCCGACCACACCUCGUCCUCCGAAGAGCCAGAUUUCCUGGAGUUUCCGUGCUCGGAGGACAUGCUGGUGCAGAUGGGCAUCGUGCCGGACCCAGCCGGACCCUCCCAACGCGGCUCCGGGGACGGCAUCUAUCGGCAGGGGUAG